AUUUGAGAAGUUUUUAUUGGAAAAACUGCAUUCAGUAGACUUCGCCGUUUACAAAAGCGGUGGCAAACUAUGGAAAGCAUGGAUCUGUUUCCAGACUUUUAGGAAUACGGAGACUUUGGAUGGUCGUAUCAGGACAGCGAGUUGUCUUUGUUUUAACGGAGCUGCAAUGGCUCUAGCUAGAAGAAAAAAGCCUAAUCUGAAGGAACUGUGCUGAAUGUAGCUCAUUCAUGGAGUAAAGAGAGUCGUUUGGGGAUCAUGAGUACAGGAAUGAAGAAACCACCGGUUGCCCCCAAACCCAAGCUGGUUCAUCCGCAAAAACCAUCUCCUCCUCCCAUUGCUCCGAAACCUGACAUCCUCCAGCCUUCUCCCUCACCGACUGUUUUCAAGAGAGGAAAACCUGCAGUUGCUCCCAAACCAUGCUUGCCCAAAGUCAACCCCCUGGUUCCUCAAAAAUCACCCCAGUUAAAGAAAAAUCCAUGCAAGACCCCUGUCUCCAAAAACGGGGGUCCUGCUCUACUCCCAUCACACCUAUCACCUUACAUUAUUCCUCCCUGCCCUCAGGGUCAUCUCCUAGGCGACAGCGAAUUAGAGGGUUCUAAGGAUAUAAGUGCAACACCAGAAGUAGGUGUUUUCAAGGAGGGUGAAACCCUAAAAGAACAGCUGUGUCAUGACAUGCGAGAACAGGCUGACCUAUCCAAGCAAGAACAAAUCCAAGCUUCCACAGACUUAUUCUACACUCCCACAGAGACACAGGAGGAAACACACACUCCCACACUACUGAAUAAUCUGGCCAGUACACAAAAACAAGCUUCUAUCCCAGUCCCAAAACACAGCCAUGCACAAUCUCUACAGGAAAAGGAUGAGUCUUUGGAGCCGAAACAGGCCAGGAAUUCCGUUCCUGACUCUUGCACGAGUGAAAGUGUUGAUGUUUGUGUUCCGGCACCACCCAGUAAACCACUCCCCAUACCCCACCCACGGCGUCCCCGUAGAGUUUUACAUCGGCAAAAUGUUGUGGAGAUUGGACACUUGGAUACUCAAACGGCAGAAACUUCUGAACACGUUCGGUCAAACACAAUAUUGGAAAAUACAGAAAGCACUUCAACAACCUGUCACGCCCACACGGACACACCCCUAAAUUCCCGUUUGUCCGAGGAAAACACUGACGACUUGACCUGCACUGAUCCUUUGCACAAAAUAGACUCUUCUCAUAGUACACAGACUGAAAUCGACUCCAGUCACUAUGCUGCUCCAACAAAUGGUGCAGCUUUAGAUUCUGUAAACACAUCAGCCGAGGAGGGUUCACAACCUCCAGCCCCUCCCCCUCGGCAGAAGUCCCUCCCCCAAACAGGUGAUUCCUCACAUAGGACCUCAUCGUCGGUGGAUAAUCUGCUUUUGCAAUGUCACACUGACCCUCAAAGUGUUGGGAGUAAAGAUGAUGAGGAGGAAAACAGUGAGGAAGAUGAUGAAGCAUAUGGAGAUUUUGCUCGAUACCCAGUUACCCGAAGCCUUCCUAAACAGGCUAAGCUUAGCUGUGGACAACAGGUUUCAGUGGCAAUAACCAAGACAUCUUUCAGCGGAGAGGAGAGGUCACCGAAGGUCAUGCCCAAAAAGCCUCAGAGAAACAGCCUUCCCGCAUCUGUUAUGUUACGGAAACAAAACACGCCUCCGCAAACAGACGCCCCUCCUCCGCUUCCUAACUCCAGCCCACCCAUAUUCAGGGAACUACCUGCACCUCCUCAGGAGAAACAAUCGUGGCGAGUUGCCCUACCUAGCAUCCCACUCUUCAACAGGAGCCAACCGUCUCGCAGUAACAGCCAACCACAGACUGAAGGGGCAGGACCUGUAUUAAUCAAACAAAGGGCAAAGUCCUUUUCCUCGGCAGAUCUUCAGCGAGUAGAUCCGAAUGGAUCAGAGUCCGGUGGACAGUUGGUGCGUUCCGAACAAGGGCGUCGUAGCCUGCGAAAACUUCUAGAGCUACGUGUUUGCGCACGCUUGCUUCCGAAGUUGCUUCGCAGUGGACAGUCCCUAGAUUGCACUCGUGGUGAUCCGGAGUACGAGGAUCAAAAUGACACGCCCAUUAACAAGGCCACCUCUGGAGAUGAUGAAGCUGCUCAAGGUGAUAGUGAGGGUGAUUGUGGGGUUGAAUAUGAAAACGUUCAAUUAUACGAAGAGAUUCCAGAGUACAUGAACCUCCCCUGGGUCUAUUCCAACCAGGAUGCCGACGCAGGCGUAUACGAGGUGCAAGAACCUUGUGAUAUCAGCAGAUGUUCAGUGAGCGGUGAUCUCUCAGAUGAUGGAUUGAGCUCUAAUGAUGAAGAUGAUAACAGCUCCGCCUCCAGCAAGGAAGACAUGAGCCAAUCAAAAGACAAAGAGGAAAUAGAGAGAUCAAAGAGGAAUAAGGUGGUCCACAUCGCAAUGGAGAUCAUGGGCUCAGAGAAAGUAUUUGUGGAUGUUCUGAAGUUACUUCACAUCGAUUUUCGGGAUGCGGUUGCCAAAGCGACUCGUGCUAGCGGGAAACCUUUGGUGGAGGAGAAGGUGUUAAAUCAGAUCUUGUACUAUCUGCCCCAACUCUACGAACUGAAUAAAGACCUACUGAAAGAGCUGGAGGAGAGAGUAGCCCACUGGUCUGAUCAUCAGAGACUGGCUGAUAUUUUUGUUCAGAAAGGUCCAUACCUGAAGAUGUACUCCACCUACAUACGAGAGUUCGACCGUAACGUGGCUUUGCUGGAUGAACAGUGUCGCAAAAAUCCUCCUUUUGCCAGCGUUGUGCGUCAGUUUGAGACGAGUCCUCGCUGUGCAAGCCUAGCUUUGAAGCAUUACCUGCUGAAACCCGUGCAGCGGAUACCUCAGUAUCAGCUCCUGCUUACAGAUUAUUUGAAGAACCUUCCUGAGGAUUCGUCCGACUACAAAGAUACACAAACUGCUCUCAGCGUGGUGAAAGAAGUGGCAAAUCAUGCAAACGACAUCAUGAAACAAGGGGAUAACUUUCAGAAGCUGAUGCAGGUUCAGUACAGUCUCAACGGCCAUCAUGAAAUCGUGCAGCCUGGAAGGGUUUUCUUAAAAGAGGGCACCCUGAUGAAACUCUCCAGAAAGGUUAUGCAACCCAGAAUGUUCUUCUUGUUUAAUGACAUUCUGCUGUACACAACACCAGUUCAGUCUGGCCAGUAUAAAGUCAACAGCAUGCUCUCUCUGGCUGGAAUGAAGGUCAGCAAGCCCAGUCAAGAGGCCUAUCAGAAUGAGCUAAACAUUGAGAGUGUGGAACGUUCCUUCAUACUUUCUGCCAAUUCAGCCACAGAGAGAGACGAGUGGUUGGAAGCCAUCGCUACAGCAAUAGAUGACUACACCAGAAAGAAGAUUUCCUUCUUCUCCAGUCGAAGCCAAGAGUUUGAGGGCUUCUCAGAUGAUGGUCCACCACUGGGUUCUAAAGCUCCUAUCUGGAUACCAGAUUUACGAGCCACCAUGUGUAUGAUCUGCACGUGUGAGUUCACGCUCACCUGGAGACGCCACCAUUGCCGUGCCUGUGGAAGGGUGGUGUGCCAGGCAUGUUCAUCUAAUAAGUUUUAUCUGGAAUACCUGAAGAAUCAGUUAGCACGGGUGUGUGAUCACUGCUACAUUAAACUACAGCACAAAGGUGACCAAUCCAAUGUGACCGUUUCCCCAAGUGGGCGGGGUUCAUCAUUCGCUUUUUCUAGAAAACAGAAAAGGAUUCCUUCAGCCCUCAAAGAGGUGUCUGCCAACACUGAAAAUUCCUCCAUGAGCGGAUACCUGCAGAGAUCCAAAGGCCACAAGAAACCGUGGAAAAGACUGUGGUUUGUCAUUAAGAACAAAGUCCUCUACACAUACGCCGCUAGUGAAGAUGUUGCGGCAUUGGAGAGUCAGCCACUGCUAGGCUUUUUUCUCAGAGAGGAGAAGACGGGACCGGCUCAAAAACUGCAGUUCAAACUCUACCAUAAGAAUACACUUUACUACAUCUUCAGAGCAGAGGAUAUCCCCACCGCUCAGAGAUGGAUCGAGGCAUUUCAAGAGGCCAUGAUACUUUGACAUGGAUUGAAUUAAGGAUGAUACAAAAAUGUUGCUCAUCUGGGUUUACCUCUGGCCAUCCACUUUGGACUGAGGAUGCACAAAUUAAAACCCAGUUCAAAGCAAUGGAUGCUGGUAGAUGAAGUUAAUGUAUUAAUUUAUCCUAAGCAACCAGACUAGAUGAAUGUGAGGAAUUAAUCUAUAAUAAUUUCGUUCUUAAUGAAAUUUUAGAGAGAGAAAAAACGCCUCACUGUGCUAUUUUUUUGGUGCUUCACAUUAUCAUGAAACCAGCCCACAGAGCCUCAAAGCUUAGAUACACCAGCCAAAGGCUCUAGAAAUUGAAGUUAUCGUUGACUCGUGACUCAUUGGGUUUACUUAUGAACUACAUUUUAUACUGAAUCCAUGUUAUUGCCCACUUUUAGAUACUUUGUAAGGCUCCUAUUUUGAUCUGUUAAGGACAUAAUAUGGAUGCAGUUCGAAUCUCAAUAAUUGCAGUAUCGUAUGUCACCUGAUGAAGGUUGUUCAAAUGAUUUGGUUACAAGUGUGAUUCAUAGUUAAGUCUGAAUGUGUAUGAGGAAGUAUGACACAAGGAAUGUCUGAAGACAGGUCACACCUUCGGCACCGUCAUGUGACGCUGUCCGAGUAAGUCUGGCAUGGUGCAUUAUGGGAGAUUUUGGAUUCAACUGUGAAGGCUUGGGGAAAAGAAGGCUUAAAAAUAUAUUUGGACCUUUAUGAAACACAAGCAGAGGAAUUUCUGUGUUAAUCGUGCACGAAAUCAUUCUUGCAUAAAUUGUCAUAUUUUUUUAAAUGAAUAAUUGUUCUUAUGUUAGAUUUAUGCAUUGAAUGCAGCAAUUUACAUAAGAAUGUAUUUUUCAAUAUUUGCACGCAAGUAUUGAAGAAUGAUUUUACUCGUGAAGGACUCUGAAAUUCACUCGGUUCAUGUUUUAUGAAUAUGGCCCAUUGAGUUUUAUAACGUUCUUCUGUUAGCCUUUAUGAAAAAUAUUUUUAAAUAAUCUUUUUAAAAUUAUUUUGUACAAAAUAGGCCUUUUGACUGAUGUUUAAAACGUUAUACUGGACAUAACUGGACAAAACUGUGUACAUAUUCUGUAAAUGGUAAUAUAAUGCAGGUGUAUUUAAAAUAGUUCAGGAUGUUUAGUUUCCUCAUUGAAUUAUGGGUAGUAAAGACACAGUGCCAGGCUGGCUAACUAAGCACUGUUUUAACAAUCUAUAUAACAAAUUAUAGCACACCGGCUGUGAAUACAGAAAGAAGAAAUUGGGCUCUUAUCAGGGAGACAUAACACACGUUCACAUUAAAAUCUCUAAUGCACCUUGUUCAGGAUCAUCUUAACUCUUUGACCAACAAGAGUAAACAGAUGAUGGUUUUCUAAAACUGAUCAAACCACUGAUCUCUCAAUGUUUAAAAUGCAACACAUAUAAUGGCCCUUUAUUCGUUUGCCUUUACUUCCGUAUUGAUCACUUUGUGUGUUGGAUGUUUGUUUACAUUUUUAUAUUGUUAAGGGUGUUAUGAUUUUGGGAAACAUUAAGAUAUGCCACUGUUCUGUCAAAUGAGUUAUGCUUGUUUACGAAGUGCCCCACUUUAAAUGAAAAUAUCCUUCACUCCUCAACUUUCUGAUUAUGAAGGCACUGGUUGUUUACUUUUCCAUCCAAAAAUUCAGGAGAAAAUCUUUUUUGUUAUAACCUGAGGAUUACAAGGGAGUAGGCUAUGCCCAAACAUAAAUGUAAAGUUAAAUAACUUUUAAUAAAUAAUGUAAGGUAAUGAAAUAAUGUUUUGUCACUUGCAUUCAUUGUGUGUGUGUGGUAUAAAUUGUUGUUUUAUGAACCUUCCCUAUGAUGACAAAUAAGACGAUCAGAAAAACAGUACUGAUAAUUACAUUGCGCUAUCUAAAGUAAAAUAAAUGUUUAAAUAUGUUGGGAUGUCAUCAUUAUACCUGAAGAAAGACUACAGUCAGUGUUAACAGUAUCAGCUGACAGUUUUUACAGUUUAAUCUGACAAGAUUAUCAACUAUGAGGUUCUUGGAAGAACACUUUAAUACAAAUAUAACAUUUUCAGAUAUCAGUAAUUUAAAGGGAUAGUUCAUCAAAAAAUAAAAAUUCUGUCAUCAUUUACUCACUCUCAUGUUGUUACAAACCCACAAAAAUUUCUUUGUUCUGAUGAACCAAACAGAUCUGAAGCCUCUUUGACUUUCCUAGUAGGAAAGAAGAAU